AUGACCUCUGAUGUGGCGUCUCACAUUUCUCUGCCAACCAGUCUCGCCAGGAAUCACGCUCACAAAUCAACGAUGAACAGCCCGAAUGAACCCCGAUCCGGCUCCCAGGUGUUUACUGCCGAGCAACCAGUUGUCCAAAGAGCGUUUGGAAGGAUCCGUGAGCUGAUACGCCCUUCACACGAUGCGCGGACUUCCAGCAUGAAAUUGCUUAUCGAGUGGCUCGACAAAGUUGUUCAAUACAAUGUCCCUCAUGGCAAACUCCUGCGACUCCUACAGGUAAUACAAACUUUCGAGUCCGUGUCGCCGGGUCCAGUUUCCGAGGUCGAUUUGGAGAACGCUUCCGUCCUCGGAUGGGUGGUUGAAAUGUUCCAGGCUCAUUAUCUCAUACUGGACGACAUCAUGGACAAGAGCAUCACGCGACGGAACAGGAAAUGCUGGUAUCUCCUCGAGGAGGUGGGCUUGAAAGCCAUCAAUGACGCCAUUCUUCUGGAAGCGGCCUCUCUGAAAGUGAUCCGAGACGUGUUCCGCACCCACAAAUCGUACUUGCAUAUCGUGGAACUCUUGCAUGAGGUCAACUACCGGACUUGCCAGGGUCAAUGUCUGGAUUUGCUAAGCGAAAAAAAAGGUGUUUACGACGAGGAGCAUUACAAAUCUAUCGUGGAGCUCAAGACCUCGUGUUACACCUUCACCUUACCAAUUCGUCUUGGGAUGUAUUUGGCCGAUAUCUGCGAUCCUGAGAUGCACAGAGCGGCUGAGGUGAUAGCUCUGCAGAUCGGACAUAUAUUUCAGGCUCAAGAUGACUUCUUGGACUGUUACGGGGAUCAGUCCGGAAAGCUUGGGACGGAUAUAACCGAUGGAAAGUGCUCGUGGCUGUUGGUCCGGGCCCUGCAGAAAGCAUCUCCACAGCAGAAGUGCGAUAUUCUGCGCAAUGUGGGCAGAGGAGAACGAGGUGGGCACGAAGAGACCACUGUGAAGGCGAUCUACAACGAGCUUCAGAUGAAAGAAGAAUUCAAAGCUUUCGAAUCUCGAUGUUUCGAGGGCAUCAGAGCUACUAUCGACCAAAUGAAGCGACGUCACGGGCUCGAGCCGAGGAUUUUCGAGAAUCUACUCACUCAGCUCUAUCGACGUGAGAAAUGA